UUAUGACUUAAUUUAAAGAAUUGCCGUAAUGUAUCUUGCAUCACCCACUUCCUGCCGCUUUAAAAAUUGGUUUUUCAAAAACAACGCCAUUUUAUAUAUAUUUAAAUAUUCUACACAAAGGAUAUCUUUCAUAAAUAUCAGAAUGCAACAUUGGACACAACCUUGUUUAGACAGUCAGACUAAUAAAAGUCAACUUCAUCUAUAUAAUAGUCUUACCCGAGAAACGAAUCUCUUUGUUCCACAAUCUGGGAACAAAGUGACAUGGUAUAGCUGCGGUCCUACUGUUUAUGAUGCUUCACAUAUGGGACAUGCCAGGUCAUACAUAACUUUUGAUAUUCUUCGUCGUGUUAUGAGCGACUAUUUCAACUAUGACAUAUUCUAUGUCAUGAAUAUAACUGAUGUUGAUGACAAGAUAAUCAAUAGAGCAAGAAGAAAUCAUUUGAUGAAGCAGUUCAGAGAAAGCAAUCCAUCAAAUGAAAAAGUAUUGGAAGAUUUGGAUAUUUCUUUAAAGAAUUACAGAGAAAAACUUUUAAAAACAACUGAUGCUGACAAAAGAGUAAUGAUUAACAAAAUCCUAGAGUCAGUGGUCAGUUGUGAAGAUCAAUUUAAAAAAGCAAUUUCUUCUGGAGCAUCAAUAGCAGAUAUAGACCACCUCAAGGAGGAUUUGUUAUUAAAAUCACAUGACCCACUAUCUGAGUGGCUUGAUGCACAGUUUGGCAGUACCAUAACUGAGCAUCGUAUAUUCAGUGAGUUAACUCAGUAUUGGGAAAAAGAAUACAAUGACGAUAUGAAAUCUCUAAAUAUUCGACCUGCAGACAUAAUUACUCGAGUAAGUCAGUACAUUCCAGAGAUUGUUGCAUAUAUUGAACGUAUUAUUGAAAAUGGUUUUGGGUAUGUGUGCAAUGGAUCUGUCUACUUUGACACUAUUAAGUUUGGGAGCAGUGAAAACCAUAAAUAUGCAAAACUAGUCCCAGAAGCUGUUGGUGACUUAGCAGCUUUAGCAGAGGGAGAAGGUGAUUUAAGUCAGCUUAACCCAGGCGCCAAAAAAUCUGACAGAGACUUUGCACUUUGGAAAGCAAGUAAGGUUGGUGAACCAUACUGGCCUUCACCAUGGGGAAAUGGUCGACCUGGUUGGCAUAUUGAAUGCUCUGCAAUGGCUAGUGAUAUAUUAGGUAACUCUAUUGAUAUUCACACAGGAGGUGUAGAUUUGAAGUUUCCACAUCAUGACAAUGAAAUUGCUCAAGCAGAGGCUCAUUAUAACUGUACUCAAUGGAUUAAUUAUUUUUUGCAUGCUGGUCAUUUGACAAUUGAGGGUUGCAAGAUGUCAAAAUCGCUGAAAAAUUUUGUCACUGUUAAAGAUGCAUUGAAAAAAAAUACUUCGAGGCAAAUUCGUCUUGCUUUUCUCCUACACGCAUGGAAUGCUACAUUGGACUACAGUAGUAAUGUUUUGAAAGAAGCAGAACAAAUUGAGAAACUGUUUAUGGACUUUUUCUUGAAUGUCAAAGACAUCAUCCGUAACAAUGAAAGUUUCUCGUUGACUUCACACAAUUAUAAAGAAGAAGAGAAGUUGCUCCAGAAUAAUUUUAUGGAAAAAAAACAAAAGAUCCAUGAAGCCCUUUGUGACUCAAUUAACACAGUAGUUGCUGUUCAACAAAUGCAAUCACUUGUCAAGUUAGCAAACAUUUAUAUUGGGCAAGCAAGGCAGAACAAUAAAGUACCGAAUCAUGCAGUUAUAGGAGGUAUCGCAAAGUAUUUAACCAAGAUGUUAAAAAUUUUUGGAGCUAAUGAUGGAGAUCAAGAAAUUGGUUUUUCAUCAGUUGAUGUUUCAGGAAAUUUAAAGCAUGAAGAGAUAGUUAUGCCCUACAUACAACUUGUUGCUGAGUUUCGUGAAAGUGUAAGAAAGGUUGCAAGAGAGAAAAAGGUUCCUGAAAUUUUAAAAAUGUGUGAUGAAAUCAGAGACACGAAGCUACCUGAACUUGGGGUUCAGCUUGAAGAUCAUGAAGGUAACAACCUUCCCGUUGUGAAAUUAGUUGACAAAGAAACAUUACUUAAAGAACGGCAACAAAAGUUAGAUGAGAUUGAAAAGAAGCGACGAGAGAAGGAAGAAUUAAAGCAAAAACAAUUAGAGGAAAAGCUUAUGAAGGAAGCCAAAGCCAAAGUCCCCCCGUCAGAAAUGUUCAAACUUGAGCAAGACAAAUACUCUCUGUUUGAUGAACAGGGUAUUCCUACUCAUGAUUCGAACGGAGAAAAACUAAGCAGCUCUCAGUUAAAAAAAUUAAAGAAACUUUACACUCAACAAGAAAAAUUAUAUCAAAAACAUCUAGAAUCAUAGAUUUUAAACUAUUAAAUUAUUUAAAAAUACUAGGGCGAAUUUUAUAUAGGUACGAAAAACUACAAAUAAACACUAGAACAUUAUAAUGAAUUACACAAUACUAAAGAAUGGCACACAUUCAUAAAAAAUUUUAUUUAUGGCUUAUUUUCAUAUGAAAUUUAAUAUUUAUAGCAACAUUAAAUAAAUUAAAAAGUGUAAGUUGUUUUGAUUGGUUGUUUGUAUUAACAUUAAUAGAGUAACUGUACUACCAA